AUGGCGCUCACUCUCUCAAACACCUUCCUCCAAAAAAAUGUCUCCUCUCCUUCAUUCUCCCUCAAAAAGGUGGGAAUUGGGAGUGAUCAGAUGCGGGUGAGCUGCAGGAAGAAAGACAUACACCCGCAGUUCUACGAUGAUGCUAAGGUUUACUGUAACGGAGAGCACGUGAUGACGACAGGUGGCACAAAGAAGGAGUAUACUGUUGAUGUUUGGUCAGGUAAUCACCCAUUUUACCAAGGUAGUCGUUCAGCACUACUUCUUGAUGCUGACCAGGUCGAAAAAUUCAGGAAGAAGUUUAGUGGGUUAUCACAGAUUAUGACAAUUCCUACUCUCAAAGGAGAGAUUAUUCUUCCUCCUAAGAAGAAGAAAGCUACCAAGAAGAAGUAG